CCCAACCAAUACAGUACUAGCAAUACAAACUGAUUGUCAUAGCUAGCCACCAUACAUGAAUCUGCAGGUAGGUUCAAUGUUAGCUAGCUAGCUAGCUAACGUUAGGCUGUAACUAGCAAUGCAAAAUGGCUGUCUGAUAUACAACUGAUAUUACUACACAGAUCAUACACGUAACGUUAGCUAGCGAGCUAGCAGGCUGACGUUCCCUAGCAACCUAACAGUAAGCCUUAACUUGCAGUGAAAAUGACUUUCUGAUCAAAUUAGAAACGUAUAAUGUCUGAAAUUGUAGCUAGACUCUUUCCCGUUAAACAUGGAUGAACGCUUCACGGCAGACUGAAACCAUUUUGACUCUGUUUUGUUUUCGUAGUUACAGUUUGUUUGGCCCACUUUGUCAAGUCACUCCGGUUCACACUGACCGUAGUAGUAGUAGUAGUGGUAGCAGUAGUAGUAGUAGCAGCAGUAGCAGUAGCAGUAGCAGUAGUAGUAGUAGUAGUAGCAGUAGUAGUAGUAGUCCGCCACAACCUUUUCCCACUGAUCUUUGUCUUUGGUGCCUGAUUUAUAAGCAGUUAGUCAAAUAUACCCUGUUCACCACAUGGUCAAUCUACUGCAUGUUAUUCAGGUAUACCCUGUUCCCCACAUGGUCAAUCUACUGGAUGUUAUUCAGGUAUACCCUGUUCCCCACAUGGUCCAUCUGCUGGAUGUUAUUCAGGUAUACCCUGUUCCCCACAUGGUCCAUCUGCUGGAUGUUAUACCCUGUUCACCACAUGGUCAAUCUGCUGGAUGUUAUUCAGUUAUACCCUGUUCACCACAUGGUCAAUCUGCUGGAUGUUAUUCAGGUAUACCCUGUUCACCACAUGGUCCAUCUGCUGGAUGUUAUUCAGUUAUACCCUGUUCACCACAUGGUCAAUCUGCUGGAUGUUAUUCAGUUAUACCCUGUUCACCACAUGGUCAAUCUGCUGGAUGUUAUACCCUGUUCACCACAUGGUCAAUCUGCUGGAUGUUAUACCCUGUUCACCACAUGGUCCAUCUGCUGGAUGUUAUUCAGGUAUACCCUGUUCACCACAUGGUCAAUCUGCUGGAUGUUAUUCAGUUAUACCCUGUUCACCACAUGGUCCAUCUGCUGGAUGUUAUUCAGUUAUACCCUGUUCACCACAUGGUCCAUCUGCUGGAUGUUAUUCAGUUAUACCCUGUUCACCACAUGGUCCAUCUGCUGGAUGUUAUUCAGGUAUACCCUGUUCACCACAUGGUCCAUCUGCUGGAUGUUAUUCAGGUAUACCCUGUUCACCACAUGGUCCAUCUGCUGGAUAUUAUUCAGGUAUACCCUGUUCACCACAUGGUCCAUCUGCUGGAUGUUAUUCAGGUAUACCCUGUUCACCACAUGAUCCAUCUGCUGGAUGUUAUUCAGGUAUACCCUGUUCACCACAUGGUCCAUCUGCUGGAUGUUAUUCAGGUAUACCCUGUUCACCACAUGGUCCAUCUGCUGGAUGUUAUUCAGUUAUACCCUGUUCACCACAUGGUCCAUCUGCUGGAUGUUAUUCAGUUAUACCCUGUUCACCACAUGGUCCAUCUGCUGGAUGUUAUUCAGUUAUACCCUGUUCACCACAUGGUCCAUCUGCUGGAUGUUAUUCAGGUAUACCCUGUUCACCACAUGGUCAAUCUGCUGGAUGUUAUUCAGGUAUACCCUGUUCACCACAUGGUCCAUCUGCUGGAUGUUAUUCAGUUAUACCCUGUUCACCACAUGGUCAAUCUGCUGGAUGUACAACAGUCACCCGGCUGCGGCCUUGUCCUGCUCUGAAGCCUUUACCCCGAGGCUCCAUCAUGUUGCACUUGACUUCUACAGUUCCAACUAUUAACGUUCAAGUUCCCUCUCUCCCUUUUCCCUU